GUACGCAGUUCGAAUGUUUGCCUAAUGGCGAGCCUAUACCGGGUGUUCGUCGUUCCAAACCCUCAUCUUCUUAUGAUAGCAAUUCUUCCGAAAGGACUAGACCUCUUGCAAGACCAAAUUCUCCAGAAAGGUCUCCAUCUGCCAAGAACUCUUAUAGAGCCAGGUCCAGGUCCUCUUCUAAAAUAUUAGAUUAGGUGCCCCGUUAGAAUGUAUGCCUAAUGCCGAGCCUAUGCCUAGUGUUCGUUGUUCUCAACCCUCUUAUUCUUCUGGCAGACAUUCUCCCAAAAGGACUACACCUCUUGAAAGAACUCAUUCUCCAGAAAGGUCUCCUUCAUCUUCCGAGGCUUCUCUUAGAGCCAAGUCGAGAUCUCCUUCUAAGAAGCAUCCUUCUUCUGAAAUACUUGGAUAUAAAUUUGAAGAACUAAGAUUCAUUAGACUUAUUCCCAACAUUAAUCAAAACAAAAUAUUCGAACUUCAAAGAUACACUUUUCCUACCGACAAGCGAAUUAAUCUAAGAACAGCAAAUGGAGUCCUUAUUCCCAUGCCAUCCGAAGAACAAACUGUACUAACAGCAUCUAAUGGUGACGUCUUUGCAAUAUUGGCCAAAAAACCAAACAGACAGAUGAUUCUCCGUGGAAUGUAUAAACCAGUUACUUACACGGGAAAACGGGCAAAAAUAAACAUAAACAGCGGCGCUGUUGUAGAAAUGACCUCAGAAGAAAUUGCGGAAUCUCCAUUAGGCAACCAUAACGUUGUCCCUAAGCGUUUUAAAAUAUUUCGUGUUGAAACAGUUUGAACAAAAAAUUC